GCAAAGCCUCUUGCAGUGAUGGAUUUUUUAAGGGGAAUACUUUUGAUACCGCUGAUCCUUGUAAAUGUCGGGAUUGGAGUAACAAACCAGUUGGAUUCAGGAUUUUACCUGCAUGCCAAGCCGCCGGUGACGACGGAAAACAAUAAUGGGAUGCGGCUGACCGAGGGAGGACAAGUGGGCCCCUGGGUGCUGAGGAUCAUGGAUGGAAAUGAGUUCGCCUGCGGAGCUGCCUACUUCAGUGCUCUUUACGCGUUGACCUCGGCGAACUGCAUGCACAGCCACAGGUCAAAGUUAAAGGCCCUUAGUGUGGAGUUCCUAGACAGCAAGCAGAAUUAUAGGGAGGAUUCCUUCGCCCUCAUCCACACCGUUUUCGUUCCGAAGGAGUGGCGCUUUCCCGAAACAUUAAUGGAUGUGGCUGUGGUUAAAUUGAGCAACCGUCUGCGUGGCAAUUUUCACAAGUUCGUAAAACUCUGGAGCAAGCCUCUGAGUACGAAUAAUUCCAUUUCCGUUGUGGCCUGUGAAUCAGCUGAAAAUGUUCGCAUAGAAGGACUCACCAUGCUAAACCGAAUGGACUGCGAAUCGCAGUACGGCAGUCUUAUCCUGGACCAAACCCUCGUCUGUGCCAAACAAUUCAAAAGGACAUCGGCCUGCAUGUUCAGUCCCGGAUGUCCGGUGACUUCUGGCGAUCAGCUCUGUGGAAUCGUGGCUUGGGGUCCUGCCUGCAAGAAACCCGGAAUGCCAGGUAUCUUCACGGACAUUCAUCAGGUCAGUCGGUUUAUUCAUAGGGCAAUCAGCGGAAAAGGCAGGAGCACUGCUCACCGAAAAUCCAAGCUGGACUCAGACAUCGUUCCCGAAUGGCACGCGGGAUUCUUGUUGAGUCGUUAAACGUUUAUUUAAUAAUAAAAUAUAAUCCAUUUGCUGGGAUUUGAAAAUAUA